GAGAAGAACUGAUCCUAGGAGGCAAUAACAGUUUACUGCCUGCAUGUGAGGCACGCUGUCCUUCUCCAUGAACUUCACUGAGCAGUACUGGAAUUAUGAACAAUUGGGAGCCACACUUUGAAUCAUCAGAAUGUAACCUGGGUCUCUGCAAGAAGAAACAGGCCCUCAUAAACAUUGAGGGUUUAGUGACAUUCCAGGAUAUGGCUGUAAACUUCUCUGAGGAGGAAUGGGAAUAUCUGGACUCUGUUCAGAGGACUUUGUACAUUGAUGUGAUGUUGGAAAAUUACACCAACCUGGUCUCUGUUGAGAACUACUACAUAUGUGAUACUGUGCAUCAACAUGUGAAGACUGAAAAGGAGUCUUGUCAGUGUAAUGAGCUUGGAAAAAUGCUUCAUGAACCCUCCAACUGUGUACUUUAUAAAAGAAGUGACACUACAGAAACCUCUAAUAACGACAGACACUAUAAGAACAAGGAUGCGUCUCUUGACUCAUCAAACCCAGAUAGACACAAAAGUAUGCACACUGGAGAAGAACCUUGCCAGUCUAAAGACUAUGUGAAAUCUUUCAAUUUGUGUUCCAACAUUAGCCAAGAUCAAAGACUCUAUACUGCAAGGAAAGAACAGAAGCAUGAUAAAUAUGAUGACCAUUUCAUCUCUAUACACAGUCUCAUGCAACAAACAAUCUACAUUACAGAGAAACCAUAUCAGUGUGGACACUGCAGUAAAUACUUCAGUACUGCCUCAAGCUUCAGCAUACACAAGAGAAUUCAUACUGGAGAAAAACCCUACAAGUGCAAUGUCUGUGAAAAAUCCUUUAACAAGUGCACAAAUCUUAAAACACAUCAAAGGCUUCAUACUGGAGAGAAACCUUACAAAUGCAAAGAAUGCGAAAAGUCAUUUGUGCAGCUAACUGCACUUAAAAGCCAUCAGAGAAGGCAUACUGGAGAGAAGCCUUACAAAUGUACGGAGUGUGACAGAUCCUUUGCUCAUUGUGCAUCAUUAAGAUGGCACCAGAAAAUUCAUUCACCUGCGGCACACUAUGAAUGCAAAGAAUGUGGUAAGUCCUUUUCUGAAUUAUCACGUCUUAAAAGGCAUUGCAGAAUCCACACUGGUGAAAAGCCUUACAAAUGUGAGGUAUGUGACAAAUCUUUUACUAUAAAUUCAACUCUUAAAACUCAUCAGAAAAUUCAUACUGGAGAGAAACCUUACAAAUGUAGGGAAUGUGAUAAAUGUUUUACCAAGAGCUCACAUCUUCAAAGACAUCAGAGUGAUCAUAACCAAGAGAGGCCUUACAAAUGUAAAGAAUGUGGGAAAUCUUUUACUAAGUGCUCAAGUGUUCAAACACAUCAGAAAGCUGGUAAUAUAGAGAAACCUUACACAUGUAUGGAAUGUAACAAAUCCUUUACCCGGGUCUCACAUCUUAGAACACAUCAGCGAGUUCACACUGGAGAGAGACCUUAUAGAUGUAAGGAAUGUGACAAAUCUUUUCGUGACAGCUCAACACUUAGUGUACAUCAGAAAAUACAUACUGGAAAGAAACCUUACAAAUGUUUGCAAUGUGGCAAAUCCUUUACCUGGCACACAAAUCUAAGAAGACAUCAGAGAAUUCAUACUGGAGAGAAACCUCAUAAGUGCAAAGAUUGUAAUAAGUGCUUUCUCUGGAUUUCUAGUCUUCGAGUACAUCAGAAAAUUCAUGAUGGAGAGAGACCUUAUAAAUGUAAGGAAUGUGACAAAUCUUUUAUCUGAUACUCAAAUCUUAGAGUCCAUCAGAAAAUUCAUACUGCAGAGAAACCUUACAAAUGUAUGGAAUGUGACAAAUCCUUUACAGUACAUCUUAGUACACAUCAGAGAGUUUAUACUGGAGAGAGACCUUACAAAUGUAUGUGACAAAUCUUUUGUGACAAAUAUGUUGUGACAAAUCUUUUACUAGAGCUUCAUGCCUUAGAGUACAUCAGAAAAUUCAUACUGGAGAGAAACCUUACAAAUGUAAGG